AAGUCACAGAGCUUCCUGAAAUCUCUCCCGCUCACCCUGAAACUGCUCCGCUCCAUUUGCAGCAAUGUGGCUCUCCGGACUGGCUCUCUGCCUGGGGCUGGCAUUCGCUGGUGCCAUCAUCCCAGCUCAAGAGGAGAAGCCCUCCUUCUGGAACGAGCAGGCUCUCAAGGCCAUCCAGAAAGCCCUGAGCCUCCAUCCCCGGCACUACAAAGCUAAGAACCUCAUCCUCUUCCUGGGAGAUGGCAUGGGCCUCCCCACCAUCACCGCCACCCGCAUCCUGAAGGGAGAGUUGGCGAACCAGCUGAGCCCCCAGUUGCCUCUGACGAUGGACGCCUUCCCUUACGUGGCUCUUUCCAAGACGUACAACGUGGACCGGCAAGUGCCCGACAGUGCUGGCACCGCCACCGCCUACCUCUGUGGGGUGAAGGGCAACUACAAAACCAUUGGGCUGAAUGCAGCUGCUCGGGUUAGCCAGUGUAACACAACAGUUGGCAACGAAGUCGUGUCUGUGAUGCAGAGAGCCUGUGCAGCUGGAAAGUCUGUGGGGAUUGUGACCACCACGCGAGUCCAGCAUGCGUCACCCUCCGGGAACUAUGCCCACGUGGUGAACCGGAACUGGUACUCGGACGCCGACAUGCCCGCCUCAGCAAUUUCAGAAGGCUGCAAGGACAUCGCUCAGCAACUUGUUAAGAACGUCAACCUGACGGUGAUCCUGGGCGGCGGCCGGAAGUACAUGACUCCAGCGGGCACUCAGGACCCCGAGUACAACACCAACUCCAGCAAGGGCAUUCGCCAAGAUGGCAAGAACCUCAUCACGGAGUGGCUUAACUCCUCGCCAGGCACCAAGUACGUCUGGAACCGAACACAGCUGCUGAGUGCCGCAGACGACCCAGCUGUGAGCCGCCUCAUGGGCCUCUUUGAACCUGGCGACAUGAAAUACGAGCUGGUCCGCAACAACCAGACCGACCCAUCUCUGGCGGAGAUGACUGAGGCCGCCUUAAAGAUUCUCAGCCGCAACCCUAAGGGAUUCUACCUCUUCGUUGAAGGAGGCAAGAUCGACCUUGGACACCACAACGGCAUUGCCAAGCAGGCUCUCACCGAGGCAGUGGAGUUCGACAAAGCUAUCCAGCGGGCAGGGGAGCUGACGCAAGAAGCCGACACCUUGACUGUGGUGACCGCUGACCAUUCCCACGUCUUUGGCUUUGGCGGCUACACGCUGAGAGGCUCCUCCAUCUUUGGCUUGGCCCCUGCAUUAGCAGCGGACAUGAAGGCGUACACAUCCAUCGUGUAUGGAAACGGGCCGGGCUACCAGAUCACCAGCCAGGGCCGCCCCAAUUUGACCGAAGAAGAGAGCGAGCGUGAUGACUACCACCAGCAAGCUGCCGUGCCCCUUGACUCGGAAACCCAUGGGGGCGAGGACGUGGCCAUCUUGGCGAAGGGCCCCAUGGCUCACCUAUUCCAUGGGGUGCAGGAGCAGACGUUUGUUGCCCAUGUCAUGGCAUACGCUGCUAGCAUAGAACCAUACCAGGAGAAUGGCCUGGACACUAACUCUGCCAGGUGGACAAAGCCCACCUUGGUGACACUUCUCCUGGCCUCCUUGCUCCUUUGGGCCUGUUAAUCCUCCCCUGGAUGACAACUCAGGGAUACAUCUCUUUCCUCCUUCUCUCCUCUGGACAGUGCUUCCAACUCUGAUUCCACAUAGAUUACACCCUCAAGAGCUUUGCUUCUUAAGCCAAACAAGUGUCCUUCAUCCUGUUGAAGGCUGAAUCAAUGAACGUCUUCCAUCUUGUUCCACCAAAAGUGG